AGUUUUGAUAGGUUAAAAGUUGUGUUCUUUUGAAAAAAAAAAUUCAGCUCUUGUUUUCGCAUCGAUUUUCAGUCAGUUCUUCGUGUGCUCUACAGCAAUUGCGCUCUAAUUUUUUGUUUUUUUAGCGUUUUGUUCUUGAAGUCUCAAGUUCACGAGCUUAACCCUCGAUUCGAUUUGGUCGAGCUUUUAGAUCGCAACCAUGGGAACCCGCAGCGUCGCUUUGGUGAUCCUUGCGUCCGUGCUGCUCCAAACCCUCCUCCCCGCGUCGGCGGCGGAGGGUUUGGUGCGGAUCGCGCUGAAGAAGCGGCCGAUCGACCGGAACAGCCGCGUCGCCACGCGCGUCUCCGGCGAGGAGGGGCAGCGCCGGCAGGGCCUCCGCGGCGCCAGCUCCCUGGGCUCGGGAGAUGAGGGCGACAUCAUCGCGCUGAAGAACUACAUGAACGCGCAGUACUUUGGGGAGAUCGGCAUCGGAACCCCGGCGCAGAAGUUCACCGUCAUCUUCGACACCGGCAGCUCCAACCUCUGGGUGCCGUCCUCCAAGUGCUACUUCUCGAUUGCUUGCUACUUCCACUCGCGCUACAAGUCAGGGCAGUCAAACACUUACAAGAAGAACGGAAAACCUGCUGACAUUCAUUAUGGAACUGGUGCAAUUUCUGGGUAUUUUAGUGAGGAUAGUGUUACAGUAGGUGAUCUGGUUGUGAAAGAUCAGGAAUUUAUUGAAGCUACCAGGGAGCCUAGCAUUACUUUCAUGGUUGCAAAAUUUGAUGGUAUUCUUGGGCUAGGAUUUCAGGAAAUAUCUGUUGGAAAUGCAGUACCUGUGUGGUAUAACAUGGUAGAACAAAGUCUCAUCAGCGACCCUGUUUUCUCUUUCUGGUUCAACCGACAUGGUGAUGAAGGAGAAGGUGGUGAAAUUGUGUUUGGUGGAAUGGAUCCUAGUCAUUACAAGGGUGAUCAUACAUACGUCCCAGUCACUCAGAAGGGAUAUUGGCAGUUUGAGAUGGGUGAUGUCCUUGUUGGUGGGAAGUCCACAGGGUUUUGUGCUGGCGGUUGUGCAGCGAUUGCAGAUUCUGGAACUUCCUUGCUUGCUGGCCCCACAGCCAUAAUUACUGAAAUCAAUGAAAAGAUUGGUGCUGCUGGGAUAGUCAGCCAGGAGUGCAAGACAGUUGUUGCUCAAUAUGGACAACAGAUCCUAGAUCUGUUACUAGCUGAGACACAGCCAGCAAAGAUCUGCUCUCAGGUUGGGCUGUGUACUUUUGAUGGGACUCAUGGUGUGAGCUCUGGAAUUCGGAGCGUAGUGGAUGAUGAAGCUGGGAAAUCGAAUGGUCUCCGAAACGAUCCAAUGUGCAAUGCCUGUGAGAUGGCUGUUGUAUGGAUGCAGAACCAACUUGCACAGAACAAAACCCAGGACCUGAUAUUGAACUACAUUAAUCAGCUAUGUGAACGUCUCCCUAGUCCCAUGGGAGAAUCAUCAGUGGACUGCGGCAGUUUUAAAUCCAUGCCCGACAUUGCGUUCACCAUUGGAGGCAAAAAGUUUGCACUGAAACCAGAACAGUAUAUCCUGAAGGUUGGUGAAGGACCGGCUGCCCAGUGCAUCAGUGGAUUCACAGUUAUGGACAUCCCACCACCUCGUGGCCCUCUCUGGAUCCUGGGCGAUGUUUUCAUGGGAGCCUACCACACCGUCUUCGACUACGGCAAGCUGAGGGUUGGCUUCGCACAGUCGGCCUGAAGAGAUGGUUGAACUUGAACGCAUGCGCCGGGAGAGAAGUUUAUUAGCUUGUUGUCCGGCGAUGUGUGUAUAUAUGUACAUGUUUAGUGAUGCUUUCCGAGACUUGAGAUGACGCCCGUCUGUUUUAACCUUGCAAGAAUGUUUCUGGAUGUCUUUCCCAACUUUGUUGUUUGACUUGUCUUUCUGGAUUGUCGCCGUGAACCAGUGGUAACGCGUCAUAUCCUUCGUUGUACGAGACAAAUGUUCACCGACACAUCUAAUUGCAACGCUAAUAAGUUUUACCGGAUA